GAGCCAUCCAGCAGAUGCAAGGAGUCACGUAGACGGGAGUGCCUGAAGAUUGAGGAACUGAGAAUGAUUAGUCUAGGAGGAUGCGCUCGUGGCUGACGCACACAGCUCCAGGAGCCAAGAGAUAAACGCAUGAUCACCGCUAGAGAACAAUAGAGUCCUGUAUGGUUACAUAAGGGUCUACAAGGACACUGCGUGCACGGCGUUAUGAUUGGCCAAAUAGGGGGGCGAGUACGGGUGAACUUCGUGGAUAAAUACUGCUGUAAGUGCUUGGUGCGGCGCGGCCGCCAUUAGAGUAGUAAUAAAAGAAGCUUGCCACUCACCUCGUCUGCGGGUCGUUCUUGCGGGCCGAGAGCGACACCUGGUGCCGAAACCCGGGAACCCUAUCUCCAGACGCAGAACGAGGAUUGAGGUAAGAGCAACAAUCAGGUAAAGAGUGCACCUAUUUCUGUCUAUUGACAGGGAAGUUCCCUGAAGACGAUCGGACGUAAGGGUGUUUAUGAAGUUCUUCAGGGACGAUAAGAAGUUCCCCGUAGACGAUGAGACGUUAGGGUGUUUGUGAAGUUCUACGGGGACGAUAAGGUAAAGUUUCCUCGGAAUGGGGAACAAUUUUGCUGUUUUUACUAGCUAACUUUUGAUUCAGUUCUUUCAUCAAACGCUCAUAAUCAGCUAUUUCCAUAUUCAUUAGUGUGAUUUGCUAGGCAUUCUUUCUAACCAGUUCUAAUUCUUGCAUGGUUUUCUGAAGCAUCUUGUUAUGCCGUUCUAGGAGAGUAUCUUGUUCAGAUUGUAGUGUUUGAAGUUCAGAAACAUUAAUCUGUAAGUUAUUUUGGGUGUCCUGUAAUUUGAUUUUUAGUUGAUCUGAAUGGGGAACGAUCUUGCUCGCUUGGAGGACUCCUUAAAAGAUGUCCUCAAGACGAACGGUACCCCCUUAAAGGCAAAAACAGCGAGGGCUUUUUUAAAAGAAGUAGAAGAGAUUGCCCCCUGGUUUAUAGAAGAAGGGCUCCUAAAUGUGCCACAAUGGGAAAACCUGGGUGAGGACUUAAAACGCUGCCCCUCUACAUCCCCGGGGACUCUAGCUGUGUGGUCCCUGGUGAAGGUAUGUUUACAAUCCCCCCGAGAGCCCCUACAGCGAGCAGUACUACAGGGAGGGAAAGUCCUUGAGCAAAUGAAGGAAGAGUCCCGUAAGGGCUCCUCCCGAGAUUCUGAAUCCGAAAGCGAAAGCUCAGAAGGGAUGUCCGAACGCGAGUUACAGGAGCUAGGAAAGAUAGAGGCAAAUAACAAGAAAGGGGAAUCUCCCGGUCUCCAGACAGACUUGGAGACCGUGAGGCAGCAACUUGAGGAAAAGAAGGCGGAAUUGCAAAAGGCAUUAGGAGAAUUAAGAAUGCAGGGAGAAGCAAUGGCGCAGCUGAGAGCAGGGGCGGAAGCCACAGUUGUGGCGCAGUCGAAAUUAAAAACGGAAGUUACACCGCUUCCGCAUUCCAGCCCUACAGCGCCACCCCAUGAGUGGCCCCCGCCUUAUAGGCCCAGCUACGCCAAGACGUGCUAUUGUUUGGGCUGUACCGUGGAAAAUUGGAGAGAGGUCCUUGGCCCGGGAAAAGGUUUUUUUCCAGUGUUAGAAGAUCAGAAUCAGCAGAGGUACCACCAGCCACUAGAUUUCAAGUUGGUAAAGCAGCUUAAGGAGGUAGUCAGCGCCUAUGGACCCCAGGCAGCUUUCACUGUCUCCCUUGUGGAGUCGCUGGGAACACUUUACCUCACUCCUGAGGAUUGGGCCAACCUGGCCAGAGCGGUUUUAAGAUCACGUAGGCUCUCGAUCUGAAACAAAUGUUACUUGCAUUUGCACCUCAGCUAAGCACAUAAGUUACUCACCAUUGCCCGUCUGUGUUAGAGCUCCCUUUCUCUUCAUAGUUUUUAAUGCUUCUACUAUUAACAAGUCAUCUAGUCUCUCUUGUGAGUCCCAGAAUUGUCUGCUAUCAGAAUGUUGGAACGCCUCGGUGAGAGACUCGGCAGUAAUAGCCAAGAUACCGACGUAUAUCCCGAUGCCAGUACAGGUGAACCCCGACAACCUGCCGGUGCUGCUUCGACAUAAACAAGACUUUGGAAUAACAGCAGCCAUUAUUGCAGCUAUCGCAGCAUCCACCGCUGC